GGGAAACCUCAGGGUGGCGCUGGCUGGAGGUGGGGCCGGGGGCGGGUUCCUGGCGGAGGGCGGGGCAGGCAUGGGCUACCGGGUGUGCCAGCCAAGCCCGACACAGAGGAGGUGGUGGUGGUGGCCCUCGCCUGUGGCCCAGGUGCUGCUUGCGCUCGAACUCGCCGCCAUGGAGGAGUUCCAGGAGCCUCUGAGUGGGCAGCUCCGGCUCUGCUUCUCGCCUGCGGCCCGGACCAGCCUCUUGCUGCUCAGGCUCAACGACGCUGCGCUGCGGGCGCUGCAAGAGUGUCAGCAGCAACAGGUACGGCCGCUGAUUGCUUUCCAAGGCCACCGAGGGUAUCUGAGGCUCCCAGGCCCUGGCUGGUCCUGCCUCUUCUCCUUCAUAGUGUCCCAGUGUGGCCAGGAGGGCGCUGGUGGUAGCUUGGACCUUGUGUGCCAACGCUUGGUCAGGUCUGGGCCUAACCGCCUUCACUGCAUGGGCUCACUCAGGGAGCGCCUCACUAUUUGGGCAGCCAUGAAUUCUAUCCCAGCCCCAUUAUCAGUUCAGGGACACAACCUGACUGAAGAUGCCAGACAUCCUGAGAGCUGGCAGAACACAAGAGACUAUUCUGAAGGACAUGCAAUAUCACAGCCACAGAUGGCGCUAGAGGAGGUGUCUAUGUCAGAUCCACUGGCAAGCAACCAAGGACAGUCACUCCCAGGAUCCUCAAGGGAGCACAUGGCACAGUGGGAAGUUAGAAACCAGACAUAUCUUCCAAACAGAGAACCUGAUCAGGCACUGCCUUCCUCUACCAGCCGGAAACGUCUGGAGAAGAAACGUUCAGUGCCUGUAGCCACUGUAGAACUAGAAGAAAAGAGGUUCAGAACUCUGCCUCUAGUGCCAAAUCCCCUACAAGGCCAGAGCCAUCAGGAUUUACAAAAGGGAGAAGACUGGGAGCAAGAAGAUGAAGAUAAGGACAUGGACCCCAGAUUAGAACACAGAUCCUCAGUUCAAGAAGACUCUGGAUCCCCAGGUCCUGAAGAUGUACCAGACUACCUUCUGCAAUACAGGGCCAUCCACAGUGCAGAACAGCAACAUGCCUAUGAGCAGGAAUUUGAGACAGAUUAUGCUGAAUACCGCAUCCUGCAUGCCCGUGUUGGUGCUGCAAGCCAAAGGUUCAUAGAGCUGGGAGCAGAGAUUAAGAGAGUUCAGCAAGGAACUCCGGAACACAAGGUGCUGGAAGAGAAGAUAGUCCAGGAAUAUAAAAAGUUCAGGAAGCGGUACCCAGGUUACAGAGAAGAAAAGCGUCGUUGUGAGUACCUUCACCAGAAAUUGUCCCACAUUAAAGGUCUCAUCCUGGAGUUUGAGGAAAAGAACAGGGGCAGUUGAAGUUAUCAAGAGGGCUCUUGACCCUCUGCUUAGUGAAACAUGAAGGAACAAAGCAGCUAUAAACUAAAUAGAAUGCAGCUAUCUCUUUUUCUUAUGCUGACCACUGGAGUCCAGGUGGCAAGUGGAGAGUUGCUCUAGGUUCUUGAGGUUUGGUUUUCAUUGUUGCUAAUUUUUAGGGUGUGGGCACUGUGCAAAGACUCCAUAGCUGUUGUGCUCAGGAGUCUAGAAAAAGGCUUGGCUUCUUCACUUUUAGUUCAGCCAAGUCAUUUUCAAGUCCUGAGAAAUGACAUCAUCUUCAAGAUAAGAUAAUGAGGACAUUAGGCAAAUUAAGUUAAUUUAGCCCGGUAGCCUCUCUAAGGAAACAAUAAUGACAACUUUUGCUAAGAGCUAAAAUAACUUGUAGCAUACCUGGAUAUAAUGGGAAGGGGCCUGGGUCUUAGCCAUGUACUGAAUUUUUUUUACCAACAUGGCUAAAAAAUUAAAACUGAUUGCUUCUGUGUUCUUUGUA